GCAAAAUGGGCCUCAUCAAAGUCCAUCUGACCAUCUCUGAUAACAAUUCUGAAUUCCCAAACAUUACAUAAUAACCAAGCCAUCUCUGAUAACAUAAGCCCAAGACACAAUUUUGGGCUUGGUUCCUCCCUGUUAGUCUUUUUUCUGUUUUAAAUGCCACAAAAAUUGCAGCAAGCUGAUAAGAACACAAAAAGAAUAUCGAGAAACUAAGCCAUGUUCACCAGCCACAACCACUGAUUGAGUGGUGUUCUGGCAUGGUAUGCCACUCUUACCAGAGAGCAAAUCCUCACUUCCUGUAACUGAAAUAACUACCAAAUGUCUUCAACUCACUCACUUUCUCCUCUUCCUUCACUCCCUCUCUCUUCCCUCCAUAACCACCAACAACCGACCACAACUACCCUCCACAGACACCCUCCUCUUUCCACCACCACUUCAUCUCCAAAACCCAUUUCCCUCUCUGUCUCUCCGGCUUCAUGGGUUGACUCCCUCCGCUCCCAAACCCAAUCCAAUCGGUUCCAUGAAGCCAUUUCCACCUAUGUAGAGAUGACCCUUUUGGGUAUCCAACCCGACUACGUAGCAUUCCCAGCGCUCCUUAAGGCGGUAGCGGGUCUUCAGGACUUGAAUUUAGGGAAGCAGAUUCAUGGGCAAAUUGUUAAAUGUGGGUGUGGAUUAUCUUCGGUGUCGGUGGCCAAUUCCCUCGUUAAUAUGUAUUGUAAGUGUGGACAUAUAGGUGAUGUACAGAGCGUGUUUGAUAGAAUUGCUGAAAGAGAUCAGGUUACCUGGAACUCAAUGAUUUCUGCCUUUUGUCGGUUUGGGGAAUGGGAAGUGGCCAUAGAGGCUUUUCGGAUAAUGUUAGAGGAAAAUGUGCAGCCUAGUUCAUUUACUCUGGUGAGUCUCGUGCUUGCUUGUUCAAAUUUGAGCAAGAGUGAGGGGUUACAGCUGGGAAAGCAAGUGCAUGCGUAUAGUUUUAGAACAUGUGAUUGGAGCACAUAUACGAAUAAUGCUUUGAUGGCUAUGUAUGCUAAACUAGGCAGAGUAGAUUAUGCAAAAGGUUUGUUUAGUUGCUUUGAGAGCCGUGAUUUGGUUUCGUGGAACACGAUGAUAAGCUUAUUGUCCCAAAAUGAACGGUUUUCAGAAGCAUUGAUAUUCUUUGCGCGAAUGGUUGUUUAUAAGGUUAAACCUGACUGUUUUACAUUUGCCGGCAUUCUUCCUGCCUGCUCUCAUUUGGAAUUGAUUAAUACUGGAAAGGAAAUUCAUGCCUACGCUUUGAGAAAUGGUGACCUGAUCGAGAAUUCAUUUGUUGGUAGUGCUUUAGUUGAUAUGUAUUGCAAUUGCUGGGAGGUUGACAGUGGGCGACGAGUUUUUGAUAGUAUCUUGGAGAGAAAGGUUGCAAUCUGGAAUGCUAUGAUUUCUGGUUAUGCACAAAAUGAAAAUGAUGAAGAGGCUUUGAAGCUUUUCAUCGAAAUGGAAGCAGUGGCUGGGAUCGGUCCAAAUGCUACGACAAUGGCUAGUGUUUUGCCUGCCUUUGUACGUUCAGAUGCAUUUCAUGACAAAGAAUGUAUACAUGGGUAUGCCAUAAAAAGGGGUUUAGAGAAGGACAAGUAUGUGCAAAAUGCAUUGGUGGACAUGUAUGCAAGGUUAGGGAGGUUGGAUACUUCAAAAACUAUAUUUGACGGCAUGGAGGGAAGGGAUAUAGUGUCUUGGAACACUUUGAUCACUGGGUAUGUUAUGUGUCGGCGCCAUGCUGAUGCACUUAUUCUGCUACAUGAAAUGCAAAGAUUAGACAAAAUUAACGAAGAUGAGGAUUUUUACAAGAACGAGAAACAAGGUCCUCUUAAACCUAAUGCAGUAACCUUAAUGACAGUCCUUCCUGGUUGUGCCGCUUUGGCGGCACUAGCAAAAGGAAAAGAAAUCCAUGCUUAUGCCAUCAAAAAUAGGUUGGCGACAGAUAUUGCGGUGGGAAGUGCAUUAGUGGACAUGUAUGCAAAGUGUGGCUGCUUGAACUUAUCAAGAAGGGUGUUCGAUCAGAUGCCCAUAAAAAAUGUAAUCACUUGGAAUAGUAUCAUCAUGGCUUACGGAAUGCAUGGAAAAGGGGAGGAAGCUUUAGAACAGUUCAGAAAUUUGGUGACAGAAAGAGCCAUGGGAGGGGAAGUGAAGCCUAAUGAAAUUACAUUCAUCUCAGUCUUUGCAGCAUGUAGUCAUUCAGGGUUGGUGGAUGAAGGACUAAAGUUGUUCUAUGGAAUGAAAGAUGACUACGGUAUUAAACCUGGCCCAGAUCACUAUGCUUGUGUUGUGGACUUACUUGGUCGAGCUGGUAAAGUCGAAGAAGCAUAUCAACUCAUCAAUACCAUGCCUUCAGAUUUUGACAAAGUUGAUGCCUGGAGUAGCUUGCUUGGUGCUUGUCGAAUCCACCAAAAUGUUGAAAUCGGGGAAACUGCUGCCAUGAAUCUUCUUCGAUUGGAACCAAAUCUGGCCAGUCACUAUGUUUUGCUUUCAAAUAUUUACUCCUCUGCUGGACUGUGGGACAAGGCAGGUGAUGUUCGGAGGAAGAUGAAAGAACUUGGAGUAAGAAAAGAACCUGGAUGCAGUUGGAUUGAGUAUGGUGAUGAGGUUCAUAAGUUUUUGGUGGGGGAUGUAUCUCACCCAGAGAGUGAGAAGCUCCAUGGAUUUCUUGAAACCUUGUCGGAGAGAAUGAAAAAGGACGGAUACGUGCCUGAUACUUCUUGUGUACUUCACAAUCUUGAUGAGGAGGAGAAAGAAACUAUACUUUGUGGGCACAGUGAGAAACUGGCAAUAGCUUUUGGCAUCCUCAACACUCCUCCUGGAACCACCAUUAGAGUUGCCAAGAAUCUUAGAGUAUGCAAUGAUUGCCACACUGCAACUAAAUUCAUCUCAAAGAUUGUGAACAGGGAGAUCAUUGUAAGAGAUGUAAGGAGGUUCCAUCAUUUCAGGAACGGAAAUUGUUCUUGCAGGGACUAUUGGUGAAGCAGUCUCCAUACUUUCUGAAGAAGUGACAUGUUUAUUUGGAUCACAUCAUCCCUAAAUUGUGAUAUAGAAUUGUUUCCCCAUUCUAACAUUUGUCUGGUGAUAUAGAAACAUGUACAAAGUUACUUAUUCUGAAGCAUGAGAGAAAUAAAUAGAUCAACUACAGGAAUUUUGAGUCUCAUUUGUUGCUCCCAUUCCCAU